CUCAGACAACAGCACUUGCGGACCAGCAUCCCAGUCGAUAGCAUCGAGAUCCACAGUUCCCGGAGAUCACCAGCACCAGAGCCCACCACAUCCGUCCAAGCAGCAUGUCGCACUUCGCCGUUGUCGCCGCCCUCCUCGCCUGCCUCGCCGUCAUCCUCGCAGGCCAAGGAGCCCAGGCGGCUGUCGCUCGGGUAAAACUGGCCAAUCCCGACCAUCCCGGCAAGUGUGUGCUGGACUCCAACACCAUCAUGUCGCCCGGACAGGUCGGCAAGGCGCCCAACCUGCCCUGCGCCAGGGCCGAGUGCCACCCGGACAGCCAUGUGACCAUCCAGACCUGCGCCGCCGUCGCUCCGCCCAAGGGCUGCAAGCAGCGCGACUUCGUGAACGUCAACCGCGAGUUCCCCGCCUGCUGCGAGCGAUCCUACGACUGCUCCAAGCACAUCUAGGGCUAUCGGUCGCCGACUCGAUAACCUCUCCUCCGCCUUUCUUCGUUUUUUUUUUGUCUGUUUUAUUUAUUGUGUAUACUACAACAUAACAAUUAAAAUGUAAACGCUUA